GACUUGUCCUAUAAUCAGUUGCAAUUUUUGCCUCGAGGGAUAGUUAACAAUACCGUUAACCUGACAGAACUGUAAGUAAAACUGAUAGUAAUUAAAAAAAAAAAAGAAAAAAAAGGGAAAGAAAAGAAAAGUUACAGGUCCGAUAUAGAUAUUUAAUGAUGGUGGUCUUUAUCCACUUGAAAAAUUUGCUUAUUUCUGCUUCGACGUGAUCCGCUAUCGGAUGAAUGUAUUCCGUCGUCUUAUAGCCGAUGGAUACCUGAAUGGCGAUCUUGAAUCACCAAGAUUUCAAAACAAUAGGCAAUCUUAUCCUAACCACACCAAAUAAUUUCUGGAUACUUAUCACGGGCGAAAUCAUGAUUUCAACGCAAACUAGUCCAGUUCAUAUAAACUUUUGCGCUCAGUAACCUGUCCAUCUACCUGACUAGCAAUCAGUACAAAAAAUUUCCGUUCCCAUGCGGAUAUAAAGUGGCAAAUAAUUAAGAUAAAAAAAUAUUAAAAACAGAAGUGAAUAUGAUAGAGAGAAUACCUGCCUCAUCUUAUCACUAGCACUUAUAGCUCGUAUUCAGUAAAGUGGUCAGUAACAUGUCUGAUCUUGUUACAAGUCUUGUUAUCUUCAGCUUAGCAAUAACAGUACAAAGUAAAUCAGAUUAACCCAUUUGUUUUUUAAUUCUUACGGUUUCCUUCUCACCUUUGCAGUUUCCUGAACAACAACAACAUAAAGAACUUUUCCUCUGAUCAACUACCUAAAACCCAUUGGUGGGAAUAUAAAUUUAAAAACCUGUAAGUUUUGUGGCUCAGGAAUCUUUCCCCGCUUGAGUAAGUAAUUCUACCAUAUCUAAGGUCUAAAAAAAUUCAAGCCACAGAUCCUUCUUUAUGACGGGGACUAUAAAUAAAACCAUCAACUCUCAAUCUUGAUAGGAAAUUUAGGAUACUUUAUUUUAUUGUAUUACAACCUUUUCUUUCAGCAGAUGUGUUUUAGGCCCCAUUUAUAUAGUCUCGAGUACACGAGAGAACCCUUCCCCCACCUCGCGGAGAAAACUUUACCGAACGUUUAUAUGAAAUUUUACAUCUACCAACCCUCGUUCGGCCAGGCCAGGUUAAAUUUUUCUUUAGUCUGACUGCAACGUUGUCGAUGGCUCUUGGUAUUUUCAUGGUGCUACUUUUGUAAAUGGAAAUCAAUGCCGAAAUGUUGAUAGCCUCCGCCGCCUUUAAGUUUUUCUGACCUUAAUGUGAGAGUUUGAACAAGUUUUUAGUGUUAUUUCUCAGAUGAUUAAGAUCAUUUUGAUUCGAAUGUCUUUUUUUCUUUGGGAACAAAAAAAUUGCUGGAACGAAGGAUUCUUUUAUAAUCGCGAUGACUUUCCAAUUCCAGCCUCUGUUUUUGGGAAGGGUCAAUUGCCCUAUAUAGCAAAAGUGACAGUGAGCGAAGUGCGCUCAACAUAGCCUCAGACCGUUAUUUACUUUCACGCGUUCAAAACUUUCUGCGAAUAAUAAAAUUUGACGUUGAUAAGCAAAUAUCAAUUGUGUUGAUCCGUCAUUCAAAGUUUGAAAUAACUUUCACUGUCUCAACAACAUUCCGCUAUUCAAUUGAUUUUUUUCACGCUUGGUUUCGUAAUUUGUUUCAGAGAUUCAUCACUCUGUUGAAGAAUCAAACUAAAUUAGAGUAAGCCUGGAUGGUUUGUUAUGCAACCCGAAAAAAACCUUUGAGAUUUCGACUCGUUAAAAUUAGUUAAAUACAUCCAUCGACAAAACGAGACGUCUAAACAUAAAUAAGAGAUAAGCAAAUGGUUUACUAAGGUCUAUCGGGGCCCAGUUCUCAUCAGUUGUGGGCAUUUUGGUACCGUGGAGAGGAUAACGGGCGCUACGAAACACAUAGGGAGUAACCUCUGUCAAAAAAACAAUAUACUUGGUUCUAAAAGUUUCCCAUCAAAAACAUGCUACUUUCUGUAGAAGGACCUUUUGUUCUGGUGAAUUUCUAUGAUAUCCUUAAGGAAAGAAAAUAAAUUUUGGCAAGGCCGGCAUGGUGAUUGAUAGGCUAAGAGCAUCGGAAGAUUUUGAUGGGCGGGAAAAAACAGUUAACCCCUUCACUGUGCCAUCUGUGUAGGAAGAAAUCGUUUGCGAACUUGAACUAUAACAUGGUCUAGUUAAUUUGAAAUACAGGGGAAUGAAUCUACUUUGUUACCAAAGCAAUGAAAACUGUAAUUAGCUUCUUAACAUUGCACGUUUUUAGUCUCAAGAAAUGAGCGCUUGUGUUCAAAUAUUUCUGACUUCCAAUGUUAACACUCGUAUUUUUUUCAUCUUUGGCUGAAUCCUAAGAGAUUCAAACGCUCCAAACUGAACAAUUUAGGACCGUCGAGAAAAUAACUUUAUCUUUUAUGCAGAACCCUAGACUUCAACAAACUGGAGACACUUCCUUCUGACACAUUCAAACGCUUCAAGUUAAAUGAUCUGUAAGUGUUUUGCUCUAAAGCUUAAUAAAGUUGACUGUCGCUGACUGUUACGAAAAGUUGUCUAAGUUAAGUCCUAGAACAUUCUAUUUAACAGUCUAGAACCCGAAGUCAUCCAGACUUGACCUUCUUGCAUAAGAACAUUCUGGAACGUUCUAUUUCUUAUGUAAUUACACAGAUUUAGAAACCGUGUUAACUUACUAAAUUUAGUUCGUUGGAGAAGUUUCUAGAUCCUUGGACUUUAUGUAUAUAAGAACGAUAGUUUCAUCGAAAAAAAACGAAAAUUGUGAAGAAGCUUAGUGCUGUAAAGUGAGGAAGUCAACUACGUGGAAAUAAAUCAGUUUGUUGCUGUUACCGACGAUCCUGAGUUUUGUCUAGGAACAACCCUGCUCUACAUUGACACUCGUAACACUGACUUAGUUCGAUUAUUCUUCCUAUGUCGUCCUUUUAUUCAAAGUUUCACCCUCUUUAACUCAAACCCUUUACGAACUUUCUUUUGUGACCAUGUAAAUGUAUACUAACCACCCAAUAAACUUGACAAACAGCAAGCACAUGUGUAAAUUCACCUGAGCAAAUUCCGUUAGUCAAUCGCCAGACUAACUAAAUCCUGCUAGGCGGAUUCUUAGGGCUUGUCAUUAGAAACACGAGAGUAGAUGUACUUGGUCUGCUGGACUCAACAACAAAAAGAGCUGUUUAAGCAGUCAAUGAGUUUAUGCACAUUUGUACGGUAGUUUUUCCAAAAGGAGAUGCAUGUUUACAAUGCAAGCAUCAGGCAAAUAGUUAAGCAUCUUGCAGGCUCUAGUCAGCAGAGAGAAUGAAAGUCUUUUCAAAUACUAAUGGUAUUCAACUCCAAUGCGUUUUACAGGUGGCUUGGAAACAACAACUUAAAAAACUUAUCUGAAGAUCUAUUCACUGGGCAAGAUGAGUUAAAAUAUUUGUGAGUGCUAGUGAUUUGGUAUCCUUCUAAAAUAAUAUUUGUCAAGUUAUUUGCUCUAAUUUGUCUAUGACAUAAUAGCCUGUUAGCUUUCAUUUAUUCACAUAUAAACAUGACCAGCACUAAAGAAAUGAAAAAUAUUUCAGCGUGGAAACUUCGAAUGCAUUACACACUUCUAUAAUUUGAAAGGCAAAAUUCCACUAUAACCCGCAGGCUCAACUAUCAAAGGUUCUGAUCAAGAGGACAAACAAAGGUGUUUAACACAAUGCUUCUAUCUUUUAAUUAUCACUGAUUGUUUAGAGAGUAGUGUUUUGUGGCACGUUACUUCAUGAACGUGCGCAAUAUUCGAUAUUACCUUAGGCUGACUACGAGGUUUUUGGAACCACUAUGUUGUUUAACAAAAAUUAGUUGUGGUGCAUUAGAUGACUAGAAAAACGAGUUAAAAGCAAAAACCGAAGAGUAACUUAUUUAAUUCCCGGAGUCAUUUUGGAAAAGAAACCGCGCAAGUACCAUAGCGAGGCUGACGCUGACCGCGAACUAUAAGCAUAUGGAGAACAGCGCUCUUUCGGAAGAAUAGUUUGCACUUUCAUUCUUUAACGCUUACGACAUAAUGAUAAUAGUAUUCAAGGACGAGAAAUUGUAUUAACAUCCAUAAACUAAAAGUGAAGGAUACGAAGAAAAGUUUGCGCUCUAAUUCAGACUUUGUGUUAAUAGUAAACUAAUAAAUGAGACCAAAAAUGGGGAUAGAGUUGAUGAUGGUGGCGGUUUUUAUUACGAACUAUAUACGAACUAUAUUUCUGUCAGAAGUCGACUACAGUGUCGUAUCACCUCGGAAAUACCCUCACAUUGUGCCGAAAGGUACCACAUGCAUCUAAGAAACUCAACUUUGUGAAGGGGAAGUGAAAAGAACAGAAAGUAAAAUCUAUGAUGGAAAGAUCUACCUGAAAGCCGGAGUUGUGCGGUCGAUGAAAACGACGCCGUUCAGAGUUGUAGUAGAGUUCACGCCUUGAUGUGAAAUUUGCGAUCCCGUUCAGGAGAGCGUGCAAUACUAGUUUUGAAUCGUUCUUAAUUGGAAAGGCGGUAGAAGGGUGAAGCAAAAAAAAGACCUAAAAUAAAACCGAUUACAUUUACUUUAAUGAGAGGGUUUGCUGGUUUAGCUUUAUAAGCAGAUAAUCUUUUAAUCAAUGACGGCAGGUCGUUUCCGAACGAGAGCGAGUCAAAUAAAAACUUGUUGUCAGACUAUCGCCAAAGGCUUGGCGCAUUCAAACUAAAUAACUGUAAAAAAAAAGAGGAAUAACGGUGAGUGACAAACUGAUCCUCAAAGGAUUUAAGCAAUUGUAGAUAGUAAUGCCCUGUCUAACACAAAAUUCUAUUUUCAGUCUUCGCUUUCUGCUUUUGUCUCACUUGCAAUUUUUUUUAUGUGAGAAUCAAUUGACAUUCCAUUACCGAUUUGUUACCCUGAAACUCACCCUUAGUGUAUCUUUUGUCAAUUUAGAUCUUUUUAUCGUUUUCGUAAUGUAGGCGGUUGAGUGGCAAUCGACUGGAGAAGCUGCCUCCAAAAAUUCUUCAAGGAUUGCUCGCCUUGGAGGAACUGUAAGUAAAAAUUUUGCGAUAUUUCUUUCCGUAAAUCUUGGCAAUGAGGACAUCUCUUUUUUGUGCAUUGCGUUUGUAUGCGAUCUAUUGCUUUCAAGUCGUUCAAAACGUGGUUUUAAAACCUUUCCUUCUUAACUGAACCAGUCGAUCAUGGAUUUUGAGCCUUUGUGCCUUUGUGUAGGAGUAGUUCAAAAAGGGGCUGUUCAAAUUUAUAUGAAACCGGUAACUGGUAUUUCAACAACGUUAAUGAAGGAAGUGAUUAUACUCCAUUGCAGAGUUGUUUAUCAGUCGAACGUUCUACUGGGUCAAUGGGCGUGAUUGGGAAUGCAGAGCUUUUCUGAUUACGAGUUUUGUGGGGUGGUGGUGAGGGGUGAGGGGAGGGGGGGAGGGGGAGAGGGGAGAGGGGAGAGGGGAGAGGGGGAGAGGGGAGAGGGGAGAGGGGGAGACUAAAUCCCCGCAAGUUAAAAAAAAGAAGAAACAUUUCUGAGCCGUCGAUUUUUACCUCUUCCCUCUUUCUCACUAACAAAUGGAUUCCAUUUUGUUGUGCGUCUGUUCAACAAGACGUUACAGAUGCUGCAAGAACAAUAAAGAAGCACAAGAAGCGCAGCAGUUUCUUACCCUUUACUUAAAGAGAACCGUAGCCUUUUUUUAUUGUGAGUCACAUGACAUUGGGCGUGUCGUGUUGACGUCAUUAACGGACUUCAAUAACUUUCCAAAGUUAGCUAAGUAUCAGCAAAAUAACGUCGAAUUAUAUCCAACUGAAUUUACCCGAGCAACUGCCUGAAAAUAGUGCAAUGGCCCUUAAAGUGAUCAUUAUAAUUAUUUUACAAUUGCGCCGCCCAUACUAGGGCAACGGAGCACACGAAAUAUGCUAAGUGUUACACAGGGAAAUACGGACGGAAAGCGGAGUAAAAAAAUGGCCACACUGAACGAUCCACACCUUGACUUUUUUCAAGCGCUCCAGAAUUUGUAAUUUGUUCACUGUAACACUUUGACGAUUUCUCUCGUGUUGUAUCUGUCUAACGCUCAGGCCUUAUGCGAUCGAUACCAAGCUCAGAUGAGGCCGAAGGAUGUAUUUCGAAAACCAGAAACCAAAUACUAGAAAUUGAAACAGUAGUGGAAUGAUAAAUCCCUUAUUCGAUGUUUAACACAUAAUACGAUCGAACAUUUUGUUUAUGCCUUGCUUUUUCUUCGCCCUCGCGGAACUCGGAAAAUAGUACUACAAAACUCGCACAACACCCGCCCGUAUCAUAACUGUGUUGAAUUGUCGAAUAAGGCGGAUUUGUUUACAAAAAGUAAAAGCGAAGAAAAAUUGGAUCGAAAAAUGUGAUUAUUUUCUCAGAGGAAUUCUUUAAGUUAGAAAUUACAGGGCGGAAGCAAGAGAUAGACACUUACGUGAAGACCUAUUCACAAGUUUAAGCCAAUACAUUUCACUUAAAAAUAGGUUCCUCUUUUCAUUAAUUAGAUGAUUAGAUAGAAAACUUGAUGAACUGCAACUGAAUAAAUUCUAUCAGAUAAGAAAUUUUUCCGAAACAGUUAUCCAAGAUUGAAAUGACUGAGUUGACAUUCGUCUCAAGAUAACUUUCCCGAUGUCUUCCAAAUAAAUUCGUUGCACACAGCAGGGGAAGAACUUGAAAAUAUAUAUCCCUCGGAAAUGUAGUUUGUUAUCUGGGGCUCUUUUUUUCUUUUGUUUGUUUUCUUAUUGAUUAUCAUCUCAUUCUACAAAUGUUAGGGACUUGUCCUACAAUCAGUUGCAGAAUUUUCCUCGAGGGAUACUUAGCACAAAUACCAAGCUGAAAGAAUUGUACGUAGGACUUUUCUUUGUACUUAAAAAAAACAGGUCAAACCUAAACCUUUAAAAUUAUUUGAAAAUCUCGCGUAUUUCCGCCUGGAAUGCGGCUUCAUUUGGAAUAAAUUACUGAAUCAGGUGUUAUUUUGCGAUAGAUGCCGCAUUAAUGCGCGAGGUCUUUCUGCCAUUAUUGUCUUAAAGAAAGGUCUGUCAGCUUUAAGCAUAUAAUAAAUAUGUCCGUUGAGUCCAGUUGUUUCAUACUAGAGAUUCUUAAUUAUAUUUGAUGUUUUUAAAGACAGACAGAAAAACUUUUCCUUUCCUAAUUUAUUAAAAAAAAAACAACUGGUAUUUAUUGUUCGUUAUCCGGUUUGGCUCCUGUCGGGCUCCUAAGAGAAACGUUUAAGGGGCAGGCCUAGCCUAUUUUCCAAAUAAAAUUUAUGUUCUUGAAAAGCUAGCUAACUCUUUACCUCAAUAAAUACUCUAAGGGAUUUGUCAAACAACGAAAUUCAGCAUCUGCCCAUGGAUGUUUUUGGCAACCUUACCCGGAUGGAAAAGCUGUAAGUGGCAUUCAGUAGAAACUUCACAGCGAAGCAAAUUAUAAUGUACAGUUUUCCAUAGAGCUUUAAGUAAAUUAAUGAAUUAUGACCAUUCUAGAAACAGAGCUUCGCAAAUUUAGAUUUGUGACUCUUACGUGAAGCGUAUCAAAGUAAACUCCAUCAGCUCAACUGGCUUUAUAUAAUGUUAACUUUGGUGGAGUUGGUCAUCGAGAACAACUAAAAUAAAAGAGGUCAAUAUUAAAUUCAAUUGUCUCACACAGCCUUUUGCUUCACGAGACUUGUGACUAUAAUUUUUUCUCUGUGUAACCAGGGAACUCUGUUAAGAUUGAUUUGUGAUGUAAGUGACUUAUUAUAGUUUGGUGCAUUAGUAUUGAAAAGUGAUGUCAUUAUAUGAAAACGCCCAUGUUACAGUGAAUGUGGAAAUAGUACCUUUGGCCUAAAUUCUCAGGAUCAGGAGUAAACAGUUUAUGUACUAAGCAAAAAUUGAGCAGAACUUUGUAAGUCUUCAAAAUAGCUUUGCCAGAACCAAUUGGGUUUUAUUUCAUGCCCAUUCGGAGAGAACAAGAACCUUUCUAAGAAUCUCAAAUUCUAUUUCAACUGACUUUUUUUCAUUUUAUAUAUCGCUCACAGCUUACUCUCCAGUAACAAACUUCAGCGCUUACCAAGGUUCAAAAACCUCUCCGAGUUAAAAAUAUUGUAAGUGAUUCACGUUUGUGAUAUAACUGGCUCAGUACGUGUCUUGUAUAAUGAGCAUUUUUCAACCAACCAAUCAGCUUGGAUACGGACUAUUUCUCUGGCAUCUUCUUGUGACUUAAAAGUUUGUUUAAGGAUGUUAAUUGAGUAAAAAGUUAAAAAUAAACAUCCACUUUGGAAAGAGAUGCCAUCAACUAAGAAUUACCAGGGUUCAAAUGUUUAAGGUGAUAGAACAAAAUAUAAUACAACACAUCCCCUACAAUACUUUAACAGCACCCUCCCCUUGGGACUUUCUAAGGACCAUAUGCUAGAAAUGAUCGCUGAUGAUUGAUGAUUAACCCAAAUUAAACUUUAACGAUCGAUUGUUAUUUUUAUUGAAAAAUGAAAAAAAAAUGUUUUAAAAUUCUUUAGCGGCUUUCAAAACGAUUUCGUCAAUAUUGAGUUAAUUGGGAUUUAAAUGAAAACACAGGAUCUAUGAAUUCCAGUUUUUCAGUUACAUUUUUCUGGCAGCUUUUCCUGAUGUUCCAGAAAAGAGAUGUUCAAAUUAAAAGCUUAGAAUUCCGGGUGGUGCGACUAGAAAUACGAGCAAUUACUCGGUUGCAAAAGUAAAUGGGCGCACGUCCGAUGAUUCAUUUAAAUGUCACAGUAGCGUUACCAUGGUUUAACCAUUGUUUACCUGGUGGCCAGCACAAUCCUUUUGGUGAGGGCGUAACACGAUGGAACUUAUUUGUUCUUGUCACGAUGCACGCGUCAACGUUUUGGUCCAAAUACAUUUAUGGAAUGUUUUUUCAGGAAGUGUUGGAGCACACUGAUGAGCAGUAGAACAGUUUACCGAAUACCAAGGCGCUAAUACGCUUUCGAAGGAGGUUUUCAUAAUGAGCAUGUUUAACUCGACUGACUUUAAUUAAGGAUGAAACAGUUUCUGUAAUAUGAGACAGGGUUCGGGACUAAAUUAUUCUAGAGGUCCUCAAAGAUUAUGCUGAGUCAAGGUUACUUAAGAAUCAAUAAGUUUCGCAGUCACUUCUGUGCUACCAAAUAUCAUUGAGGUCAAUAAUACCUCCCCCAUCAAAGACUGUAAUUAUACCGAGCGUCUGUUGCAUUUUAUUGUGUAGAUACCUGUAUAACAACAGCCUCGUACACCUGUCACCUGAUCAGUUCCAAGGCCUGUCCAAACUGGAAGAACUGUAAGUAAACAUUCGAUAGAAAUCAUAUCUGACUGCACAAGUAACUAUUCUUGACCAAAUAUGUACUUAACCAACUCAAUAGGGCGAAUAGACCUUUCUUUCCUCCUCCCACCACUUUUGCUCAAAGUUUCGCUAAAUUUUGAAGCUAGUGUACUUUGAUUGGAUGAACCUCAGAAACCCAAGCAGAAUUCUGAAAAAGAUUCUUUGUCAUCCAUCCAAGACACGACUGCCACCUCGGAUUUCUCCAGAAAAAGACAGAAAAAGAAGAGAAUUAGAGAUGUAGCAAUUCUCUCCCUCACCCCCGAAAAAAAUUAACAGAUCAGUUAAAAAAAAUUCUUUUUUUAGAAGUCCAAAUAUAAGCAUGCGCUAAGUUUUGACAUUUUCAGCAAGGUAACCGCAAACUGCAUAUCAGUGUAACUUUUACGCAUCCCUGGCUGUGAGUUUUUCUUUUCACCUUUUUAUUAUGUUUUCAAUAUCGGAUAGCUUUGAAGAUAUCGUAGGCAGAGGGCAUUUAAGAAUCAAUGAAGAUAAGAAGGAAGUUUAUGUAAAUACGUGCUUACCUCUAAAUUUUUCUACAUUUCUGAUAAUAAUGAUGUGCCCUCUAUGUUGUUCUAGGGCUGUUUACGAAAACAAUAUUGACUACCUGCCACAUGAAGUUUUUAAAGGCAUGAAAAACAUGAUGUCUAUGUAAGUAUCUGUCUCUAAACUAUCCUCUUAUUAACGGUAACGAGGUAUUGUAAAAUUAGUAAGGGUCUCGUGAAGAUGCAAUCAUAGCAAUGUUAGGAAUCUCCGUUAUCUAAGACAAACUCCGCUGGGGAAGAUCAAGAGACCCACAAAGCUGCACACCAAAAACAUGGACAAUCUUCUACCCCCGAGGACAGAUCAUACCUUGAUCAAAACCAUGUGUGAUGGACGACGAAAUAUUUACGAUAGUGAAAGUGAAAACAGGCUGACUAAGAGAUCAUAUUUACUAGAGGUAGAGAGAACUACCAAAAGGCAAAUCAGACAAAACCUUGGGAAACACCAGGUCUCUUUAACCACCAAAAACAAAAUCCUGCUAAGGUAUCCCCUUCCAGAUUCAAAAACUGAGUUUACAAAGACUUCGACCGCGAAAACCUCUUGAGGAUAUGUAUGACAAUACUCAUGGGGUUAUUUAAAUUGGCAUCGGCCACGCGGAUAGAAAUAGAUCUGGGCCGGGUUGUUCAAAGCUGGGUUAAGAUAACCCAGGAUUAGUAUAAAAUUUGAUUUAAGAUCUGAAAGCUUGAAGAAAAAAAUUCAGCUGAAAUCUUUUUGUCUUCAAUUUUUUGAUUGAAUGCUCUGAAAAUAAAUGGAGAAAAUUAUCCUCAAACAGCUUUUGAACAGAGAAAAAUAGAAACCUAGAUUAAAAUUUAACCCUGGGUUAGCGCUAAUCGGCCUUCGAACAACUGGGCCCUGGAACUUAAAUAGAGAAUGUUUUUUUCAUUCUUGAUAACUUAACUGUGACUUUGAAGAAGCUCUUAGUAAUGUGAAAAUUCGUAAAAAUACUUAUGUGACAUUAUUGUAUGACCCAUUGUCUAAUGCACGGUGAGGUUCUUUUCUCGUUGCAGAACAUUUUGAACAAAUGGAAGAUAUUGCCUUCCAUUCUUGGCUAAUUUUCUGUCCAGUGUUGUUUUAAUUUACGCUUUAAUGCUUGUCAGUUGACGCUCUACGCUUUUCAUUGUUUCAUCGUUCUGUAGGAGCUUUUAUUUCAACAAUAUCCGUACCGUUAGCAACGAACAAUUCAAAGAUGUCGCCCCAAGUAUUCGAUUCCUGUGAGUAUGAGUAAACUGGUAAUAUUCCAGGUGUGUUCAAACUACUUCGAGUUCAAGGAAAACAGAUAUUGUUGGUGCGACCUUCACGUGCCGUAAACUCACGGAUAAGCGCCCCUCCCCCAUUUUAAAGGAUGGACAAGUGAUCAUACCACUGGCCGAAUUGCUUAGGCAGGGAAAUUGGAGUAAACGAUUUUCACAUACAUACUACCACUGAUAUACUAGAAGUUAGGAUCGGCUUUGUUCACUAAUACACAGGUUAUACUUUUAUUUACGCCCAAAUGUUAUACUCCUUGGGACGAUCAUAUCUGGUCACAAGAAAAAGUCUGGGAAAAACUUAAGGAAGGGUCCCUCCGCAUAAAGUACCCUCUCUGUAAUGAGCGACCCAUCCUAAAUUCGAAAUGAGUGCAUCAGAUACUCAUUGCAGUAUUAAAAGCAUAUCAGUAUAACAAAUAAAGUCACUUUGGCAUAGCCUGUGUAAGUAUAUCGUACACACUCAAUGACAAAUUGCUCGUCUUCUGUUUUAGUUUUCUAUCGAAUAGUUGUUGAGAAUUGGGAAGGAAAAGGAACAAGAGAGAGCCGAAAAACUGAUUAAUACAUAACGGUAAUAGGACUGAGUGGAGUCCAAUUCGGUCUGUAAUCAUACAAGUGAUCAGCAAAAUCGGACGACCGCGAGGCGAGAGUCCGAUUUGUUAAUCACGAGUAUGAUUAAGGACAGAAUUGGACGACAAGAAGUCCUGUUACCAAUUAAUCAUAGCCAUUUGAAUUUCCGAAAAAAAAAAGCACUUAAAACAAAUAUCUCCAGUGUAGACAAUGUCUUUAGUUAAAAAUUCCUCCAUUUUGGAAAUCCCCCAUUUUUCCCUUGGAUGAGUGGUUGUUGCUGUGAUUAUUUUGAUCAUUUCUGUGAUGGGUGGAUUAGCUGAGUGGACUUAGUACGAUUGGUUGCUUCAACUGUCCGAUUACAGGUUUCCGAUUGCAGCCAACUGUCCGAUUAAACCGUCCUAUUAUAACUUUACAGAAUGAUUAGUGAAAAAUGAAGCUGCGGAUGCACCAAUAACAUUUCAGGAAUUUGUAAUGGUUGUGAUUAAUAGGCUAAAGAUGUCGAUGUUAUCAAGAAUUAGCGAGCAAAGUUUGCCUGAAUUACUUUCCUUUAAUUUGCAGGUACCUCCAUUACAACGAAAUGCGAGAACUGCCGGAGGGUUUCUUCACAAACAUGAAGAAUCUAAUAACUGCGUAAGUCAAGUGGAAUGUUCUCCACGCGAGGAGUUUAAAAUUGAAAAAUUUCAUUUGCCCGCGCUCAGUUAUACUGCGCUUACUUUAUUAUUAUUACACUUUCAUUUUCUUACAAAUUUAGAUCCCGUGAGGGAUCAAAUUUGUCUUUUUUUUUCCCUUUUGUUGUUCAUCUGAAUUCUUUUUAUGAACCGUAGGACUGUAGACACCAACCUGAUGUGUUGCCAUUUGACGAAGGAGGAUGCAGAUUGCGACUUUGCUUAUGUCGACAGCUUCGCCAGUUGUGAAACUUUGUUCAGAAAUCGAGCUCCCAGGGAGUGCCUCUGGGUGAUUGGAAUUAUGUCGUUGGUUGGUGCUGUGUUUGUCAUUGUGUGGCGAUUGGUGUUUAGGGAGACGAAGAAGAAAAACAAGAUACAGUCCAUCAUGUUGAUACAUUUGGCUGGGUCCGAUGGACUUAUGGGUGUCUACCUCCUAACUAUAGGUGUGGUGGAUGCCAUUUGGGCAGGGGAGUAUUAUUUGCAUGACUAUUACUGGCGUUCAAGUUUGACAUGUCAGGUAACAGGUGCCAUUGCCGUGUUGUCAAGUGAGGUGUCUGUAAUGACGAUUUGUUUGCUCUCCGCCGACCGGAUGAAGAAUGUUCUGUUCCCCUAUCGGGGAAAGUCCCUUACACUUAAGGUUACGCAUCUUUUGUGCUUCCUUAUCUGGAUUGUUGGUGGCAUAAUUGCAUUUAUUCCCACGGUGGGCUUCGACUACUUCGGUAGUCGCCAGAAAGGUCAUCACUUUUAUGGCAGAUCAGUUGUAUGUCUGCCAUUGCAGCUUUCCACAGAUAAGCCGUCGGGCUGGGAGUACUCUGUUGCCAUGUUUGUGGGUUUAAACUUUACCCUUGUGCUCUUGUCGUUGUGGCAUAUGCGAUGAUAAUCUAUAAGUCCUGCGCAUCAAACAGGCGCAUGGCUAAGCAAGGGACCGAAAGAGAGAGGAGAAUGAAAGCCAAGUCAAGGGCAGCCGAUCUAAGGAGGGAGGCCUCGCUCGCCAAAAGAGUGUUCUUCAUUGUUCUUACCGACUGUGUCUGCUGGCUGCCUAUUGUGGCGAUUGGAAUGAGGUCUCUCUUGGAAAAAUCCUUCCGUACACCUGGUGACCUCGCAGUUUGGAUCGCAGUCUUUGUUUUACCGGUGAACUCUGCCAUCAAUCCCAUUCUUUACACCUUGUCUACCCCACAGGUACAUGUACUCUCAACUUGAGCGGUUGGAAAAGUAUAUAUUCAGCCAAUAAGUUAAAUUUUGCAUUUAUAUCAUGUCUCUCAGAUCACAGAUCACAUCUAAAUUCGACAAGAAUAAAUAAGUGAAACACGAACCGCCAAGAAGUGUCUCACUGUGUAUAAUUUUACCGUAUUUUAUAUCAGCUGGUAAACUUGAUUUCCGCCAUUUCUGAGAUCCCUUUGCCUCAGAACUCUCUUCUGUAUGUAAAACGUGCACGUUUUCAUUGUAUCGCACUCGGUUUGAGAGUGGCUGGAAAGCUGCGCAAACGUAGUUUGCAUUCCUGGGGAAAUCAAAGACUCGAAGGGUUUAAAAACUGGUGAGGAAGCACUAUUUACUGAUUAUAACCUCGUGUUUUGUUUCGAUGUAUUAAGGUCCGAGGAGUCAUCAGAGCCAAACUCCAACCAUUGUGGGAUUAUCUGGUGGCAAAACUCGGCCGAAAUCAAGAUGUUGAAGGUAAUUUUUGACACUUUAAAUAAUCUUUCAUCAUUCUGGGGAGUAUUUUUCUCGUUCUUUAAUUUUUUGGUUUCAUGCCAUAAAGUUACGUUUUAAACAGGUUUAAGAGCAGAUAUACCGUGGGUUAAUCAAUCAGAUCGGCUCGUAAGCCAAGAGAUACUUUUUGGUUACCCAUAUGAAUAAGAAACAAACAGAUCUAUGUAUUUAGUGGCGCGUGAGCUUGAGUAUUUCAUUUAAACGCAUAGGUUGACUCAACCUCAAAUGAUAAAAAAAGACGUUGCCUCAUGAAUGAAUAAUUUGUUAUUGCUGAUGUUUUGUCCGCUUGCUUGUAUUUUUCCGUCAGUUCAAGAUCAGGGAAUAGAGAUGAGAGUCAUCGAAGAAGGUACGCACCAUUCACUUCUCCACAGACUAAAACAAAUUUCAGAACGCAAUACCUAGCAUUCAAAAACCAAGAGCAAAACAGAAAAGCCAAAGAAAAGCAUUGUUGUAACUUUGAAGCAAUUCGGUUCGACCUUUUUGCCAUUAUAAGAAACGCGUAAAAAGUAAUUUAGCCUCCAGUUUGAAGUUUACAGAUUUUGAGUCAAUUUAAUUACUGUAAUUUUUCUUUAUGUAAUAUGCUUAAUCCUACUUUGACUGAUUCUCAAUUAUUAUUUAGUGGAGGGAAGACUUAUAGAUUUUUUCACCACUAACAAUAUUUCGCUUUUUGUCAUAAAACACUCACAUAAAAAAUCUAAAUGGGCUAAGAACAUCGGAGACUUAAUCGGCUGAGUCCAGUGCACCACAUUUUUGAUGUUACCACAUUUUGUCGUCAUAUGUUAUCUAUGAAUGAACAGACGCACGGCAACAUAGGCUACUUGUUUGGUCGACCGUGAAAAGUUUUCAAAUAAUGGUUUUAAUAAGGUAUUAAGAGAUAUUCGGAAAGAGUAAAAGCGGAGCGUAAAUGAUUGAGGACGGAGAAGUUACACGAUGCGGUUACCAAAUGCAAAAAGCACGGUAUAGUUCGUUUUACAAAUUUGGCGAUUUGGCCAACUACAACCACCAGAGGAAACACUUUUUAACCUUAUUCCCUUUUUGUGUUUAUUUUAUUGAACACAGUACAAAACCAAGAGGAAGUGGGGAGCACUGACGAUAGUGAGGAUGAAUCGCAAGAAGAACAAGGAGAUGGUGAGCACCAUGCAAGAUCAGGCGAAGACAAUGAACAACCUUUUGAAUCCCAGCAGGUUGAACAUGAACAAGACGAAGAACCAAAACAAGGAAAAGAAGAAGCCACUGAAAAGCAGCAAGUUGAACGUGAACAAGACGAAGAACCAAAACAAGGCCCAGAAGAAGCGACUGAACAGCAGGAAGCUGAACGUGAACAAGACGAAGAACGAAAACAAGGCCCAGAAGAAGCGACUAAACAGCAGGAAGUUAAACGUGAACAAGACGAAGAACCAGAGCGAGGCCAAGAAGAACCCACUGAACAGCAGCAGGUUGAAUCUAAAAGAAACGAAGCACCAAAAGAUGACCAUGAAGAAUCAACUACAGAGCAGGAAGUUGAACAAGAUCAUCAAGCAGAUUCAAAGGGAAACAAAGAAGUAAGUGAGACGCAACGAGAAAAACAGGAGCUAAAUGAAGCCGAUGAAAAACCUGUGCGAAAGCUGAAAGGAGACGACCAGGAAUCCAAACAACAGGGCACUCAACAACAAGAAGAAAAAGAACCGAACGUCGACCAUGCAGGGCCUGAUGAGCUAAAGGAUGCAAGUAAAGAGAAGAACAAGUCGAAAAGAAAUGAAAACGAAAGUGAACAGCAACAAGAGGAAAAUGAACAAGAUGAGCAGGAGAAAGAAGAACACCCUGAAGAAACCGAAAAGCAGCAAAUUAAUUGUGAUCAAGAAGAACGAGAACAAGACCAUAAGGAUCCUAAACUCGAGAAAAUUGGACAAGAAAAGCCAAAAGGAGACGAUGAAGAUUCUAAGAAAGAGCAACUGGAUCAUGAACAACCAAAAGAAGACCAUGAAGAA